UCGGAUAAAUGUUAAUGCGGUGUUGUUUCAGGCCUUCGAAUAUGCAGAGGCUGGCCUCCUCUCCCCUACGUAUUUGCUUCAACCCUUACCUUCGCGUCGGCCCUCGUUCGUUUCAAUUCCGCUCUGGUCUUUUUGUUCUGUACUCCCUGGGUUAUCACAGUUGCUGCGGUGCAGCUGUAUGCUGAUUCGUUGAUCCGUUACUGUGGUCGCUAGGGGGUCAUCUGUUCCCAGCAACCAUCAUCGUCCGUCCUGCGACGAUAUUUUCGACUGCUUGAACAAAAUAUUCCUUUCCGGUACCGCACCAAGUGCAAUUCACUCCUUCAGGCCUCACUUGUCAUCUGCCUCUUUGCCUCAGGCUUCUUGAAAUAUCCUGCUUGAACCUACGCGACUCGUCACGCUCGCUACCCCUUUAUCACCCCUCCUUCUUUUCGACCCCAACCUCUUGCGGUGCUGGAUAAUUCACCGGUUAAGAAAAAUCACAAAAAUACGCACAUAAUGGCGUCACCCGAUUCAUUCCUGGACGUGGAGCAGCGGAAUCGUCUUCCAACGCUUUUUGAGGUCCUCAGCCGCCGUACCCUGGCUCCGGUCGAUCUCUUCUCGUUCUACAUUUACAUGCGCGACCAGCAACGCUCUGUGGACUACCUGGAUUUUUGGCUCGAUGUCUCCCAACACAUGUCCCUCUGCCGCCACUAUGUCCGAGAGCUUCGCCGUUCCGUCCUUGUCGCGACACCGGACAUGGAGAGAGCUGACAGCAAGCGCUCCUCCGCCAUGCUAGAAAACCUGGAGAACUUGGGCGAUAUCCCGCUCGUGGAGGCUGGUCCUUCCCGUCUGCACCAUAAUGAAAAGAACCGCGAUGCCGACCACCGCUUGUCUGCUUUCCUGCGCUCUGAUGGGCACACUUCUUCGCAUUCUCCUCAAAACAGUAUCGGCUCUCAGCAGUCUGCCCAGCGCACCCCAUCCAAUGAUUACCGACCCAGCACUGGUAACGGAAACGGCGGCGAUUCCAACUCCCCUGGACACACGGUGGGCCGCCAUGACAUUCGCGCCAGCGCUGAGAAGAUUCUCUAUACCUACCUGCUCCCCGGCUCCGAGCGAGAGAUAAUUUUGCCAGAGACCAUGGUUUCAACAUGUAUCAACUUGAUUGAAGAUGACGGUCGCGAUGACCCCGAGGUGUUUGACCCGGCAAAAGACUAUGUGUUCCAGGCCAUGGAGCGUGAUGCCUUCCCCGGGUUCUUGCAGGCCAAGGCUCUGGGUAACCUGGUGCCACUGAGCAUCCUCGCCCGUCUUGCCUUUGCCCUAAUCAGCUUCGGCGGAGGGUUCUGGGGUGCUUUCUACGUCGUUCUGCGCAACAAGCCUCGCCACAUCCGCUGCUGGGUCAUUCUCCCGUUCGUGGUUGCGGCGUACUUUAUCGUCUCCUAUCAAUAUCGGAUUGAUCCCGUCAUGGCAUUCCUCGGCUACAGUGAAUACACUUUCAUGAACUGGGGCCUGAUCCGCGAGCCCUAUGUUCGCAAGCUCUUGAACAAACGCGCCGUGGUCACUGCUUUGGUUGCGUUCCUGACCGCAGCAGCUCUCAGCAUCUUGUUCAUCUUCGUGCCUGGCACCAUGCUGUAAAUGUUUUGUCUACUUCUGCCGCGCCCAAAAACCCUAGACCUCCCUAGCCGUCCUUGCCAUGCUGGUAAUUUCGCGCUAUCUGCCAUGUCCUGCCAGCGAGUACCUUUCUCCGUUCUGUUCUCUCCUGCUUCUGCGAAGCAUAAUCCUUCGAAACCCUGGAAAAGAGGGGCAGAAUCGUGACCCCUUAAUCCCCGAUGCGCUCGGUCCGAUCCCUUCCAAUUUCAUUCUUCUUUCCACUAUUUCCCAUCCAUCUCACUCGCAGUUCUGCCAUCUUUUCCUUCUCUUUGUCGUGUCCAUAUUUCUCCUUGUUGACCUCUUCAUCUUGUUUGCGCU